ACUUACCUUCCGAAGAGGUACAACUUACUAGUACUUGCUAUAUACUUGCAACUUCCACCACCGUCAUCACAGGUCUGAGUAACACUUAUAUCAUUUGAUUCAAUUUCCCAUCUCAUCGUGGUCCGAUCCCGAGCUGUUUGACAAAUCCUUGCAAUCAUGAAGUUCUUAUCAACUGCCGCUGCGCUUCUCGUCUGCCUCGCCCCCGUUUCCACCACAGCUCGAAGCCUCGACUUCUUCAAGUCAUCUCAAUCCCCUAUCAUCCAUGAACAAGGCAAACCCGUCGCAGGGGAUAACCCUCUGCAGUAUUGUGACGACCCGGUGGACGAUAUCCUAGAUAUUAAACAGGUGGACUUGUCACCUAACCCACCUCUUCCUGGCAAAACACUUGUCAUCACGGCCUCUGGCACCUUGCAUGAAAAGAUCGAGGAUGGUGCUUAUGUGCUUUUGGAGGUCAAAUAUGGCUUGAUUACUCUUCUCAGGCAGACUGCCAACCUCUGCGAACAGCUCGUCAACGUAGACCUUAAAUGUCCUCUGGGGCCGGGUGACAUGACCUUGACCAAGCAGGUUGACUUGCCAAAGCAGAUUCCUCCGGGCAAAUACACUGUCCAGGCAGAUGUUUACACUAAGGAUGAUGAGCGUAUCACCUGCCUGAAGGCCCUUAAUAUUGAAUUCAAGGGUCACUUCUGAGAGGUCGGCAAAUGUAUAGCCUGCACCUAGAUAUCGAUGCGCUCAACCUAGUUUGAGCAUGCCGUAUACUUAAUUACGAACCUCGCCAUGUACCCAAACCAGCAGUUGUUUCCUUUCUUUCCAAUCGCAUGAUUCAUGAUUCUUUCGACUUCAUUCGCUAUGUCUUGUACGGCGUUUCGGAGCAUCCGCUCGAUACUACCGCCUUCUUUUUCAAGUUCGGGUCUAUUUAUAUAUGUCGUUUUGGCAUCGCUUAGCUGCAUCUGUAUCAUCAGCCCAGGUAGAGCUUUAAUGUCCAUACGCAUGGUUUAUUUGAAUCAAGCAUUCUUAAUUGCCGUGCACGAAGCCGAUUUAAGAUUUCCUAUCUGCCACGUCUCUGCAAGUCUUCCCACAACCGAGUUGAAAUUAUGAUGCCUCC